AUGGCCAUGAGCAGGAUUGUACCGGCGCUCGUGUUGCCAUUGGAGCUACAGCAGGACCACAAAGCUAUGGGUGCCAAAGUGUGCGUAAUCACUUCCUCUCAAGAUACUUUUGAAGGCGUUAUAUUUACGGUAGACCCCAUUGCAAACUUUCUUGUGCUCGAAGAGAAGAAUGGAUCCAAGAGCAUGACACGCAUCUUUCGUUUGGAAGCACUGGAGAAGAUUCAAGUGCUUGAGUCUGCACCUGCCGGGCUACAGCUGACGUUGCCUGCCAUUAGCGAGGACGAGUUGUUGCGUGCUGAGCAACGUAACAAGGUGUUGGCAGAGAAAGCGCUGGCUUCUAUUGGAAAAGGCGUGUCUGGUGAAGCUCAGGCGAUUUUUGAUGCUUUGAACAAGACGAUGCCGUGUAGGUGGGAAGGUGCCAACAUUCUUGUCAUGGGUGAAGUGAUGAUCAAACCGCCAUACGAACCGCAGAAAUGCGUGAGUGCUAAUGUUCAGGUGCUUUCGCGGGUGAAGAAAGUGCUCGAAGGAGAAAUGAUCAAGAUAAAAAAGGCAAAGUGCUGA